AUGUCUAAAUAAAAAAUCUAGUAUUGCUAAAUUUGUUAAAAGGAAGAGGCAUAACACAUCUGUCCUUCUGCAGGAUGUAUUAAACCUUAAAAUAACUAAUUAAUUUGCUUCAGAUGUUACGUAGACUAGCAUGCUAAAAAUGAAAUUUCUAAGCAUAAGCCCUUAACUAAAAAUGAUUUACAAGGGUCAGCUAUUGAAAAAUCAAAAGAGUAUAUCAAAUUUUAGGAAUAAUGUUUAAAAGACAAUCAAGAAUUAUAAUAAAUGUAUGAACAAGAUCUUGAACAUAUCUUCAAUAAAAUAUUUUAAUGGCAUGGAAAUCAAAAAAAGCUUCUAAAAGAGUAAAUAGAAAGUGCUAACUCUAUUUUGAUAGAUAAUAUUAAAUAGGCUUAGACAGUUCUCUAAAAUCCGACAAUAGAUUUAUUAUUAUUUUUCCAUCUCAAUAUUAAUAAUACGAUUCAAUAAAAUUAUGAGAGAAAAAAAAAAUUAUUUAACAGAAAUAGAAAACAAGAGAUUAUGAAAUUAGAUUAUAGGACUGAAUAAUUAACUAACAAUAAUCUAAUAUUUUCAAAGAUUUUGAAUCUUGAAAAAACUAAUUAUUAAUUAAAUUCUAUUAUUUCUCAAGUAGAUAUAGUAGUAUGUUAAAUCCAUAAAAAAAAGAAUAAAUAUAUUUGUAUUCAUCCUGAUUGUUUAAGUAAAGAUAAUCAGAAACUUUAUUGUAAAAAGUGUAUGAAAUAAGAUCAUAAUUGCCACGAAUUUAAAUAAUUUGGAAAAUUGGUUGAAGAAAUAUAGAAAGAUAUUGAAGAUAAAAAAAAAUUCAUUAUUGAUCUUAAUGCAUAAAAAUAGAAUGAAAUAUUAUUAUAAGUUGAUAAACAUUUUGAAUAUAUUUGGAAUGCACAUAAAGAUAUAUAAGAAGAAUCAANAUAUUUAAAGUAUUUUUAGCUUCUUGUUCUAUUUGUUUGCCUUAAAAAUCAUAUAAUUUUUUUUAAUUAUAUGAGAAAAAGUAAUUUAUUUAAAUUUUAAUUAAGUUUAUUAUAAUUAUUGCUCUAUUAAAAAUAAGAUAUUUGAGGUGCUGAUUAAUAAUUUUUAUUGUAUGUCUAAAUAAAAAAUCUAGUAUUGCUAAAUUUGUUAAAAGGAAGAGGCAUAACACAUCUGUCCUUCUGCAGGAUGUAUUAAACCUUAAAAUAACUAAUUAAUUUGCUUCAGAUGUUACGUAGACUAGCAUGCUAAAAAUGAAAUUUCUAAGCAUAAGCCCUUAACUAAAAAUGAUUUACAAGGGUCAGCUAUUGAAAAAUCAAAAGAGUAUAUCAAAUUUUAGGAAUAAUGUUUAAAAGACAAUCAAGAAUUAUAAUAAAUGUAUGAACAAGAUCUUGAACAUAUCUUCAAUAAAAUAUUUUAAUGGCAUGGAAAUCAAAAAAAGCUUCUAAAAGAGUAAAUAGAAAGUGCUAACUCUAUUUUGAUAGAUAAUAUUAAAUAGGCUUAGACAGUUCUCUAAAAUCCGACAAUAGAUUUAUUAUUAUUUUUCCAUCUCAAUAUUAAUAAUACGAUUCAAUAAAAUUAUGAGAGAAAAAAAAAAUUAUUUAACAGAAAUAGAAAACAAGAGAUUAUGAAAUUAGAUUAUAGGACUGAAUAAUUAACUAACAAUAAUCUAAUAUUUUCAAAGAUUUUGAAUCUUGAAAAAACUAAUUAUUAAUUAAAUUCUAUUAUUUCUCAAGUAGAUAUAGUAGUAUGUUAAAUCCAUAAAAAAAAGAAUAAAUAUAUUUGUAUUCAUCCUGAUUGUUUAAGUAAAGAUAAUCAGAAACUUUAUUGUAAAAAGUGUAUGAAAUAAGAUCAUAAUUGCCACGAAUUUAAAUAAUUUGGAAAAUUGGUUGAAGAAAUAUAGAAAGAUAUUGAAGAUAAAAAAAAAUUCAUUAUUGAUCUUAAUGCAUAAAAAUAGAAUGAAAUAUUAUUAUAAGUUGAUAAACAUUUUGAAUAUAUUUGGAAUGCACAUAAAGAUAUAUAAGAAGAAUCAAAUUCUAUUCUAAUUAAUUUAUUUUUAAUUGAAUAACAUACUCAAUAAAAGUUUAAUGAGAUUGAAGAGGAAGCUGUUUCUCAAGACAUAUUAUUAAAUGGUAAAUUAAUUUCAAGAACAAAAGAAUAGAUUAAUUAAUAAUUUUAGGCAACUUAUUAAGGAUUCAUAGAAAAGAUGGAAUUAGAUUUAAAAAAUAGCAAGAAAGAUUUAUUAUCAAAAUGUUAAUUAAUAGAUGAUAUAAAACUAAAUUUAGAAUAGGAGAGAUCCAAGCUUCAAACUUAAAUUUCAUAAUUAAAUAGAAAAAUACUUAACCAAGAGGAUAUCAUAAAAGAUUUAAGCAAAGAAAAUUAAUUUAAAUAAAUGAAAUCAUCUUUAGAUGUGAUUAUUUCUAAUUAAAAUUAAUAAUCUAAAUAAUCUGUUUAACAAUUAUAGUUUAUUUAAGAUUUAUUAAAAAAGUUAAAUGAUAUCAAUUACAAUAAUGAAUUCAAGUAACAAAAAUAAUUGAUAGAAAAUCUUAUAAACGCUCAAAAUUAAUAAUCCAUUCAAAGACAUAAGGAAGUUUAAGAUUUUCAAUCAUAAUUGAUUUAAUAGACCUAAACAAAAUCAAAAGGAUAUUUAGAUUAAUAAAAAAUUAUUUUAACAGAAAUAAACUAAUAGGCUUAAUAAUUGGAAAACUUAAAUAAUAUAACAUCCAAAACGGAAUCUUAAUAAUCAAUAGCUGUGGAAUAAUAAAAUUAAGAAUAAAAAAUGCAUAAAUAAAUUUAAGAUUAAGUUUAAAAAUAAUAAUAGAAUUAAGAGUAUCAAAAUUAAGAUAUUUAAUAAUCGUUUUAAAAAAGAAGAUAUAAAAUAACUUAAAACUAAAAUUCAUCAAAACAAUAAAAUAAUGAAGAUCAAGCUAAUAUAAAAGUAACUCAAACAAAUAAUUCAAAAUAUAGAGUAAAUCAAACAAAUAAGUCAAAUAAUAUUUAUCCAGAUUAAACUCCUCCUAGUAUAUUUCGUGAAUAGAGCGAAAAAUAACUUCCAUUUGUACAUAAAUAUUAAUAAAGCGAAAGCUAAUUAAAUUAAUUAAAUUCAUCAAAAAUUAAAACAUGUGAAGAUGAAUCAAAAAGUGGACUACCUGUACCUCGAGCAGAUCCGAUUUAUAAUUCAUUAUAUAUAUCCUCUUAUUAUACCAACGAUUAAUAAGUUUUAAAAAAACCCUCCACUCUAACAGAAUAUUUAAGCUUUUCUGAAAGGAAUAAGAGUUUACAUGAGAACAUCUACAAAAGUUAAGUAAUAAAUUCAACUCAAAAGACACCAAAGAAUAGUUGAGAAUAUUUAAGAUAAUAA